CUCUCUCUCUCUCUCUCUCCCGCAUUACCCACUACCUGCUUCUGCUGCUUGCUUGUGCGGUGGACGCUGCGGUGCGGGCGGUGCGGAGCGGAGAGGUGAAAGAAGGGGAUGAAGGAGGAGAUGGUGGUCGGCCUGUCGGCGCCGGGGCCGGUGGGGAGGUGGGGCGCCGCGCCGCCGCAGGCGAUGCUGGAGAGGAUGAAGGACUACGGCCAGGAGGGCGCCUUCGCGCUCUGGGACGAUCUCUCGCCCGAGGACCGAGAGCUCCUCGUCCGGGACAUCGAGAGUCUAGACCUUUCAAGGAUCGAUCGGAUCAUCCGGCGCUCCCUUGGAUCGCAAGGCAUCCCGUUGCCUGCCGUCGAGCCCGUGCCGGAAUCUAGUGUAUCCAAGGUGGAGGACAGGUCUCCUGAGGACAAGGAAAGAUGGUGGAAGAAGGGGCUCAAAGCCAUCUCUGAGGGGAAGCUGGCUGUUGUCCUUUUGGCUGGUGGUCAGGGUACUCGUCUGGGAAGCUCAGAUCCUAAGGGAUGUUUCAAUAUUGGACUUCCAUCUGGAAAGUCACUUUUCCAACUCCAAGCUGAACGGAUCUUGUGCGUUCAGAAGCUGGCUGCUCAAUCCAGUGAAAGCCCGAGUAACACUGUGCUGAUCCACUGGUAUAUAAUGACAAGCCCCUUCACAGAUGCUUCCACUCGCAAAUUCUUCGAAACCCGUAGAUACUUUGGCCUAGACCCUGACCAAGUGACAUUUUUCCAACAAGGCACACUUCCAUGCGUCUCUGCCGAUGGUAGAUUUAUUAUGGAGACACCAUAUAGGGUAGCGAAGGCUCCUGACGGCAACGGUGGAGUUUAUGCUGCGCUGAAGUCCAAGAAGCUGAUGGAAGACAUGGCUGCGCGGGGAGUGAAAUACGUAGACUGCUACGGAGUCGACAACGCGCUGGUUCGAGUUGCGGAUCCUACGUUCUUAGGGUACUUCAUCGACAAGGGUGUGUCUUCUGCCGCCAAGGUGGUGAGGAAGGCUUACCCGCAAGAGAAUGUCGGGGUGUUUGUUCAACGAGGCCGCGGUGGACCUCUCUCCGUGGUUGAGUACAGCGAAAUGGACGCAGCUAUGACUACUGAGAUCAAUCAGUCGACAGGGCGACUCCGUUACUGCUGGAGCAACAUCUGCCUGCACAUGUUCACUCUGGACUUCUUGAACCAAGUGGCGAACAGCCUCGAGAAGGACAGUGUAUACCAUCUAGCUGAGAAGAAGAUCCCUUCCAUCCAUGGGUUCACAACGGGCCUGAAGCUGGAACAGUUUAUAUUCGACGCCUUCACUUACUCCCCAUCCACAGAGCUUUUCGAGGUCAUGCGGGAGGAGGAAUUCGCGCCGGUAAAGAACGCCAACGGCGCGACAUACGACACCCCCGAUAGCGCGAAGCUCAUGCUGCUCCGCCUCCACAGCAGAUGGGUGGUCGCCGCCGGUGGCUUCUUGACGCACUCCGUGCCCUUGUAUAUGACAGGCGUCGAAGUUUCCCCGCUUUCCUCCUACGCCGGAGAGAACCUGGAAGCGAUCUGCCGCGGGCGAACGUUCCAUGCACCCAGCGAGAUAUCGUUUUAGGAUAUCGUUUUGUGUAACUGUGGACUGAACGGAAAGGGUUGCAAGAUUGUGCAUGUUUACUUCGAGGCGUGAGAUGGGUGUCGGGUUGAUGUGUUGCUUGUAUUCUCUGAGUGUUGUGAUGUAGCAUCUCCAACUCCAAAUUCAUCUCGAGUUUUCUCCCCCAUCUCCUUGGACUACUGCCAUUUUUAAUGACAAUGGGUCAGGUUCGGA